AUGACGGAUCCUCAGCUACCAGGUACCACAACACUUUUUUGUACAAAACGGCAUGGGAGGAAAGAAAGGAAAAAGUGUACCAGCGGUCCCGUCCAACAAACAGAAGCUCAAACACAAAAAGUUCCUGCAUUAACCCCUGAACAAAGAGCGAAGCAGACGGCCUUGGAGAGGGUCGUCUAUGAUAUGUCCCAUAAUGAACGGGUCAUCAAUGACAUCAUACUGGGCCGAAGGGUAGCUUUCUAUGAGCUCAGAGGAGAGAUAGGGACCGGAAAUUUCUCCCAGGUCAAACUGGCUGUUCACGAACUGACUAAAGAGCGUGUUGCAGUGAAGAUCCUAAAUAAGACGCGCCUCGACAAGAGGUCUCAGACUUUAUUUGCUACAGAGAUUGUCUGUAUGGAAAGACUGUCCCAUCCGAACAUUGUGCGCCUGUAUGAGGUGGUUGAGACCACUAAGCAUUUGUACCUCGCUAUGGAAUAUGGGAGCGGAGGAGAUCUCUUCUCUCGCAUAACCACCAGAGGGCGACUGUCAGAUCUGGAAAGCAAACUUAUCUUUGCUCAGAUCAUCUCAGCCAUCAAGUAUAUGCACGAAAACAACAUCAUCCAUCGUGACUUGAAAGCAGAAAACAUUUUUUAUACCACGUGCUACUGCAUCAAAGUGGGCGACUUUGGUUUCAGUACCGUCAUUGAGCCGACCGAAACGCUCAGCACAUUUUGCGGCUCUCCUCCUUAUGCGGCACCUGAGCUGUUCAGAGACAAAAGCUACGUGGGCCGUUAUGUGGACAUCUGGGCGCUGGGCGUCCUACUCUACUUCAUGGUGACUGCCACCAUGCCCUUCUACGCCGACAACCUUGGGCGUCUCAAACGCUGCAUCCUGCAGGGGGCGUAUACCAUCCCGGCCUACGUCCCUGAUCCCUGCCAAUUGGCUAUUAAAGGGAUGCUGAGACUUGUGCCUGUGGAUCGCACGUCGGUCUCGCAGCUGAUGGCCUGCUCCUGGCUCAAGGGCAUUGAGUAUCCCAAACCGUAUCCCGCACUCAGCACGACACCCGAUCAUUUGGCUGAUCCCGGGAAGAGACUCUGUGUGGAGGAACAGGAAGUGAAAUCGGCUCUGAAUGAGCUUGGUGUUAUCGUCACACAUCUGCAGAAUAAUGCGUGUGCAGAUGCUCGCAGCCCAAUUACAGGAACAUACCGUAUUCUGCUGCACCGCAUCCAGAAGAGAAGAUCCGUGGAGGCGGUGGGAUAUUCUGUAGUCAACCCGGAAGAUUUCGGUACAAAGAAAUACUGGGCCAACAAUGCUGUGGCCAAGCACUACCCGUCUGCAGUCUGCAAUGUCCUAUAA